AUGUCGGAGGAAAUAGGUGAACAGAUAAUCGUGGACCUACCGCCUCGACCUGCGCCCCCGCAACGGUCCACACCCACCAAGCAGCCUCAGCAGACACCACCGACACUCCAGGCGGAAGCUGGACCGUCGACUCGACGGAGAACGCGUACUUCAGAUGUAUCGAUGAAUGGAGGAACAGUCCCAAAGGUGGAGGUGCAGUCUGUAGUGAAGGAACCGAUAAGAUAUAUACAACCUGAUCAUUUCUAUCCCACAACCAACAACCCAAACCAAGCUGCUAUAGCUCGUAAUCUACCUAAUAUUGGAGAUGGGUUGCUAUCUCCUGAAGAUGAUCCUCAGGCCAUGAGGGGUAUACCAGUAUUCAAACCUACCAUGGAGGAAUUUCAGGACUUUGAAGCAUAUGCAACAGCUACAACAGCUUGGGGACAAUACUCCGGUAUCGUCAAGAUCAUACCACCUGAAGAAUGGACCAAAUCUUUACCGCCUAUACCUAAGAAUGUCUUGGCGGAUCAGAAGAUUAAGACACCUAUCCAACAGAAUUUUCUCGGUUCGUCAGGAUUGUUCAGGAUUGCCAAUCUACCUAAAAACAAGAAUAGACCAUUAUCGAUAAAAGAAUGGUUUAAUAAAUCCAACGAAAAGAAACAUACUGGUAUUGGACCUAGGGACAUCGGGAAGACUUUGAAUAGAGAUUCUAAGGAAGCUAUAGAAUGGAGAGCGAGGAGGAAUGAGGAAUUGAAGAAGGAAAAGGAAGAAAAGAGGAAGAAGUUGGCUCAGAGGAAAGCUAGGAAAGCAGAAGCUGCUGCUGCUGAAGUCCAUGCUCAAGAGCAAGACAAGGCAGAUGCUCACAAGGAGGAUGGGGACGUGGAGAUCAAUGAGAAGGAUAUCGAUCAUGAUCCUUCCACGACUGUUCCACCUCUUGAUCCAUCGUCCAGUAACUCUGCUCAGUCUUCGCCAGAGCCAACGAAUCCUACUACUCCUAAAGCCGAGUCGUCAGAUCUGGAAGACCAAGUAGAACCGUGGUAUAGAUCGUUCAAUCCUUCCGAAGACUGGUUACCUAAAGAUACCAAACCUGAAGAUUACACUUCAGAAGCUUGCGAUGCGCUGGAAAGGCAUUUAUGGAAGAAUUUGUCCUUGGGUGAACCGAGUUGGUAUGGUGCUGAUAUGGAAGGAUCUCUGUUCGUCGAUCAUAAAACACCAUGGAACGUCGCCCAUCUACCCAAUCUGCUAAAUCGAUGGGAUCUAAGACAUCUACCAGGUGUUAAUUCGCCGUAUCUGUACUUCGGGAUGUGGGGAGCAUCCUUCGCUUGGCACGUUGAGGAUAUGGACCUCUUCUCUAUCAAUUACAUACACUUCGGAGCUCCGAAAUAUUGGUAUGCUGUUCCUCAGUUGCAAGCUGAGAAGUUUGAGCGUGUCCUGCAAGGCUACUUCCCAGAGGAAUCAAGACAUUGCGACCAAUAUCUUCGUCAUAAAGCUUUCGCAGUCUCACCGCAUCGGUUGGCCAAUGACGGUGUUCGUGUCAACAUGCUGGCUCAUCAUCAAGGGGAAUUCGUUAUAACCUAUCCUCGAGGUUAUCAUGCCGGAUUCAAUCUGGGUUUCAACUGCGCAGAAAGUGUAAAUUUCGCUUUAGAUAGCUGGGUAGAAUUAGGCAGAAGAGCGAAAGCUUGUCAGUGUGUCACUCAUAGUGUACAUAUCGAUGUUGAUGAGAUGAUAGCCAAAGAGGAAAAACGAUUGAAUGGCGAACAAGAAUUACUAGAUGCUAUUGCAGAAGAAAGACAGAAUAAAAAACCUCGUAAAAGAGCUGCUACCGAACAGUCUGGAACCACUCCACGAAAGAGGGUCAAGCGAGGGACGGAGUUUGAGAUUGCAGAUGGCGAAGGUGAUCAAUCUCUUGAAGUAGGUGUGCAAGACGAAGAAGAAGCGAACCAUGAAACUAAAAUACCAGUCAUGAGGAAGAAACGACCCAGAUCUGUUAUCGACCUAUCACCUAACCGACCAAAACUGAAACCAGCUAUCGUUCAAGAAAACCCGAUAUACCCAUGUCUGUUUUGUCCUUCGUUGGAUAAAGCAGGAUUGUUACUUGUUCUUGAUCCCACGGAACACAUCAAGAAGAUCUGGAAGCCCCGCAAAGAGGAGAUCAAAGUACAUCAUUCAUGCGCUCUUGCGAUGCCCGGAAUAGGCAUAGAGGAUAGGGAAGUUAAUGGGAAGCUGGUAACUUGUGUGGUGGGAUUGGAGAAUAUAGAAUCUGCGAGAUGGAGCUUGAAAUGCGCUGCAUGUGGGGACAAACGUCUGGCUAAAUCUGGUGCUAAAAUACAAUGUACCAAAGGCAAAUGUCCAAGGGCGUAUCAUGUCUCAUGCGCCAAAUCUCAUGAAGAUAUCGCACUCAACAUAUGGGAGGUGGAGACUCCCAUUUUACCUUUAGAAGGAGAAGAACCAUUACCUCCUGGACAACCGAUACCUUCAGAGAAAGACAUCAAAGUUGAUUUACUUUGUCCUCAACAUAAUCCUGACAUGAAAGCUCAACUAGAAGCUAAGAAAGCUGAUAAUUUCAUGAGAAAGGUUAUGGCCCUUCCAACCGGGUCAAAAGUUAAAAUCAAGCUUAGAGGCGGAGCGUCGCUGGAGCUGGAGCUUGUGGAUAUCAGGGAGGAAACGCAGGAGAUUUUGGUUAAGGAUGAUGCGGGACAAACCGGUAUCUAUCCUUGGACCAGCAUUGACUUCAGGCCUGCUCAAGUGAAGACAGAGAAUGAGUAUGCGCGAGUUCAUACCCAUACUCGAAAAACGUCUGAACAUCCUUCGACGACGAGUACGCCGGUAGCGGCUACCGCUCUUCCGCCUCCACCGAUCGCAAGGCCACAGCAGACCCCUUCUCAGCCUGCUAGGACUGCCUCGCCCUCUUCUCAAGCACUUCGAGCGAACAGGCAUCCUGGGACGUAUCAUUCUAAUCCUGUCAUACACUCUGCACCACUGCGUGUAGAGCAGAUGCUCAACCCGCAGAGUAGCACACCUUCACGUGUGAUUCUGUGCGAAGCUCCGCAAGCGGCUUAUCACCCAUCGAUCCAGAUCCAUCCCCCUCGCGCAUCUCACUCCCUUCAUCAGGUACAUCCUGUACACCCGCCAGCUCCGUACAUGAGUGAUUAUUACGGUUCAACCUCUUCAUCGAUCCACCACCCCGCUCCGACCAUGUAUCAUCACCAGCAGCCUUAUACGCCAGUACUCCCGUACAACCCUCGAGAUUCUUAUGAUUGUCAGCUACCGGCGUAUGAUCGAGGAUAUCAAAACGUGCCUAACUAUCCUCUCUUGCCAGAUACCCGGCGAUCCAGUCUGACCGAUUACCCACCACCGCUCCCUAUCUCGAACGGGUACCAUAUGCCUUCAUCUCGCGUUUAUGCGGUACCGCCGCUUCAACUGGCACACUCGACAAAUCAUGCUGCUACUGCUCAAGCGGGUAAUGGAUCCUAUCUACCAGCCCUGUCACAUGGUGGUCCUUCAUUACGAACAGGUUCGACUCAGCAGGGACAUCAGCAGUCUUCCAAUGGACCAUCAUCCAACGGCGUAGGCAAGAUUGAUCUCGGUCUUCAAAGGAUGCAGAGUUUGAUGAACCGCCUCCAACCUCUCGGUGUCCCAGCAAUCCAUUUAGCUGGUACCAAUGGGAAAGGAUCUGUCUCGGCAAUUUUGGAAUCGUGCUUGAUGGCAUCUGGUAUGAACGUUGGUCGAUACAACUCCCCACAUCUGAUAGAACCAAGGGAUGCGAUUCGCAUCAAUGGUCAUCCGCCCUCUCGACAGGCUUAUAAUGAUGCUAUUCGAACUAUCGAAAGUAUCAAUAUGCAAUUCAGCCUUCAAGCUACCACGUUCGAGAUUGCCACGGCGGCCGCUUAUCACAUUCUCAACAGCAUGCAACCGCCCUUAGAUGUCAUGAUCAUUGAAUGUGGUAUGGGUGGGGCUCGAGAUGCUACCAACGUCAUAUCAGAUGAGAUCAAAUUGAUCGCUGGUCUGACUAGCGUAGGAUUAGAUCAUACUUCUUUCUUGGGAAAUACGAUUCACGAUAUCGCGCUGGAGAAAUCACAGAUCGUACCUCACGGUGGGAUCCUGGUAGUUUCACCUCAGCCCGAUCUAGACGCCAUCAAUGCAGCUCAAAAGGUAUCUGCAUCAAAGAGAGCUAGAGUCAUUCAAGCUUCCAAGUCUAUCGAAAUACCCCGCAACGUUCCACCGGUAUCACUUCGACCAUUUGUCAGACCUUCACCGAGAUUAAUCAGGACCGAAUACCCAUUUAUAGAUGGUCGAAAAAGAGGUAUCGAAACUGAACUGCAAUUAGGAGGUGAACAUCAAUUAGAUAAUCUCUCAUUGGCAAUAUCAAUCGUGCAUACCCUCAGAACCGACCAACGGUCAUUGGGUAUCCAACCGAAAUUAGCUGGAUUGUCAGAUCAGGUGAUUCAGUUCGGGGUGAAAAGGACUGACUGGGAAGGUAGAUGUAGUUGGUUGAAUUAUCGAGGUCGAACACCAUUGUUGGUGGAUGGGGCUCAUAACCAAGAUUCUUCAACUUCUCUUAGGAAGUAUAUCGAUUCAUUAGAAUUUGAGAAACACAAUCAGGUGAAAAAGAGAUAUAUCAUCAGUCUUUCGGCUAGUCCAGGUAAAUCACCUGAAUCGGUACUGAAACCGCUUUUAGAGAUUGAAGAAGAUGUCGAAGUGAUUUUGAUGGAGUUUAGUACACCUAUUGAAGGUAUGCCUUGGGUAAAACCUGUCCCCUUGGAACAAUUAUACGAGGUGACGAAGAAGAUGGUAGGUGGAAGAGGACAGGUGAGAUUUGGUGGGAAAGGAUUGGAAGGCUUGAGGAGUGUUCUAGAUGGUUUGGUUAGUAGUGAACAAGGAGAGGGAGAGGAUGAAAGGUUGAAUGUUGUCUGUGGGAGCUUGUAUGGGGUUGCGGAUGUUUAUAGAUUGAUGGGUUAG